CGAUAAGAUAAAGCCGCGGAAAUUGGCUCCCAAUUCCCUCUUCCUCUUCUUCUUCAACUAAAAAAAACCCCAAAAAACCCCAAAAAACCUCCAAAACCUCAACAAAGAAAUGCUAGCAAACCCUAGCAUCAGCAUCCAUGGCCUCGCUCCUCCUCCUCUCUUUUCCUCCCUCUCCGAAUCCCUAAAACCCAGAAACCUUCUUUUCUCUUCAAGAAAGCAUCAUCUAUUAUCAUCUUUUCCUUCACUGAACCGGAGGCGGCGGCGCCGGCAAAAUGUUAGGGUUUCUAACGAAGUUUCGGCCGAAAUCUCCGACGAUGUCGGGUCCAUCCCUGUUCCGCAGCGGUUCUCGGUCGAGAUUCCGGUGGGCGAUCGACAUAUUUUAGUGGAGACGGGUCAUAUUGGGAGGCAAGCAAGUGCAUCAGUUACAGUCACUGAUGGGGAAACUAUAGUAUAUUCAUCAGUUUGUUUAGCUGACACCCCGAGUGAGCCCUCAGAUUUCUUCCCUCUUACAGUGAAUUAUCAAGAGCGUCUGUCUGCUGCUGGUCGAACCAGUGGUGGGUUUUUCAAACGGGAAGGCCGGGCAAAGGAUCAUGAGGUCCUUAUUUGCAGAUUGAUAGACAGGCCAUUGCGUCCAACCAUGCCAAAGGGUUUCUACCAUGAAACACAAAUAUUAUCAUGGGUUUUUAGCUAUGAUGGCAUUCAUUCCCCUGACUGUUUGGCUGUAAGUCCCAUUCAGAUAGCUCUAUCAGAAGUUCCAAGCUCCAAGAUAAUUGCAGGUGUUAGAGUUGGUCUUGUUGGCGGUCGAUUCAUCAUCAACCCAACUACCAAAGACAUGGAGUCAUCUGAGUUGGAUUUGAUAAUGGCUGGGACUGAUAGUGCCAUAUUGAUGAUAGAGGGCUACUGUAAUUUUCUUCCAGAGCAGAAGUUGAUUCAGGCCGUAGAAGCUGGCCAGGCUGCAAUACGAGAAAUUUGCAGAGAGGUGGAGGCUUUAGUCAAGAAGUGCGGGAAGCAGAAAAUGACUGAUGCAAUCAAAUUACCUCCUGCUGAGCUAUAUAGGCACGUUGAAGAUAUUUCAGCAGAUGAACUGGUGAAGGCACUACAAAUAAGAAGCAAAAUACCACGAAGAAAAGCACUUUCUGCAUUAGAGGAUAGAGUACUGAAUAUACUUACUGAAAAAGGGUAUGUUUCAAAAGAUCAAGUUUCUGGAGCUGCUGAAGGCCUAGUGGAUAUAUGUGAUGAUGAAGAUGAGGAUGAGGAAGUAAUCGUUGAUGGUGAAGUAGAUGAAGGAGAUGUUCAUAUCAAGCCAGUUGCAAGAAAACCUGUCCCCUUGCUUUUCUCUGAAGUGGAUGUGAAACUCGUUUUCAAGGAAAUAACAUCCAGAUUCUUGCGCAAACGCAUAGUAGAGGGUGGUAAGCGUAGUGAUGGUCGGAAUCCUUUCGAGAUUCGUCCAAUCAACUCAAAGUGUGGACUGCUUCCUAGAGCCCAUGGAAGUGUGCUUUUCACUCGUGGAGAAACGCAGUCACUGGCUGUGGUUACUCUUGGAGAUAGACAAAUGGCACAAAGAAUAGACAACCUUGUGGAUACAGAUGAGUUAAAGAGAUUUUAUCUUCAGUACUCAUUUCCACCAUCUUGUGUUGGUGAAGUUGGGCGUAUAGGAGCACCCAGUAGAAGAGAGAUAGGUCAUGGAAUGCUUGCUGAAAGAGCAUUAGAACCUAUUUUACCUUCAGAAGAAAACUUCCCUUACACUAUCCGUGUCGAGAGUACCAUUACUGAAAGUAAUGGAUCCUCCAGUAUGGCAUCUGUUUGUGGAGGCUGCUUGGCACUUUUAGAUGCUGGUGUUCCAGUUAAGCGCUCUGUUGCUGGGAUUGCCAUGGGUAUGGUUCUAGACACCAAAGAAUUUGGGGGAGAUGGAAGCCCACUCAUUCUCUCUGAUAUUAGUGGCUCGGAAGAUGCAUCUGGAGAUAUGGAUUUUAAGGUUGCUGGUGAUGAGAAUGGUAUCACUGCUUUCCAAAUGGAUAUAAAGAUUGCAGGAAUCACAUUACCUGUAAUGGAACAAGCACUUAUGCAAGCUAGAGAUGGGCGAAAACAUGUUCUUUCUGAAAUGCUGAAGUGUUCUCCUUCUCCAUCUAGAAAACUAUCCAAAUAUGCUCCGUUGAUUCAUGUUAUGAAGGUGAGACCAGAAAAAGUGAAUGCUAUUAUUGGAUCUGGUGGAAAGAAGGUGAAAAGUAUCAUUGAAGAGACUGGAGUUGAAGCGAUUGAUACUCAAGACAAUGGAAUAGUAAAAAUCACGGCAAAGGAUUUGUCAAGCUUAGAGAAGUCAAAGGCAAUUAUAGCCAAUCUGACGAUGGUUCCAACCAUUGGUGAUAUUUACAGGAAUUGUGAGAUUAAAUCAAUUGCACCUUAUGGAGUUUUUGUUGAGAUCGCACCUGGCCGUGAGGGUCUCUGUCAUAUUAGUGAGCUGAGUUCAAAUUGGUUGGCCAAGGCUGAAGAUGCCUUCAAAGUUGGUGAUCGUCUAGAUGUAAAGCUUAUUGAGGUAAAUGAAAAGGGCCAGCUACGGUUAAGCCAUCGCGCAUUAUUACCUGAUGCUGAUGAGAAUGCCAAACUACAAACAAGUAGCUCUUCAAAAGAAAAUAUACCUCCAAAAGAUGGUUCCGCCUCUGUAAAUGCCAUACCAGACAGAAUUCCUCUGAGAAAGGUCGUAGUGACCGACAAAAAUCUGGAGAAGGUUGUUAGAAGACCAGUGAGCUCUGCUAGAGAUGGUCCACAUGCUAACAAGGACAAACAGAAAAAGAGUGGAAAUAAAGAAGUUGCUUCCAAAGAUUAGUUGUUUACAAAAUGGAGUUAAUUUCAAUUGAGAUUGGGGGACUAAAUCUAGAUUUAGUUCUGAAACUCUAGAAAUGGAAGAGCAGCCAAUUGUUUUCAAUCUAAAGGAAAUGCCAGAACAAUAACUAAAGAUUCUAAUGAAGGUCUGACUUUUAUCGGUUGCAUGACUGCCCUUUUGUGGCGGAUAUGCAGUGUUUCCCGUUGGCACAGGUCCCGUGAUAUUCUUUCAAUACAAAGCAGCCAGAGCUUUAAUAACCGUCGAUGUGUAUUAUUUCUUGGACAGCUUUUUUUCCCCUUGAGAAAUUCUUUUCUUGGAUAGUUAUAUGGAGAGAUGCUUUUGUUUAACGUAGUUCUUGAAUACAAAAUAUUUAUCCCUUGGCAAAUCCCAGUCAAAGAAUGAUGAUGUGGGCAAAAUUUUGAGUUACUAAUAUUUUGGUUGUAUAGUUCUACGUUCUAUGUUUUGCUAAUUGAGAGAAACAUCACGAUUUGAUUGGUUU